GGGCUGGCGGCACUCCAUCCACUGGGCCAGCGCCUAUGGAUGGAUCAAGGGAAGCGUCCCGCGCCUCGUCCCAGGGGACCGAACGAUACCUAAGGCAGUGGAGGGCAAGGCAUGGCGAGUCGAGGCGACAAGGCAGGCCAGCCCAGCCCAGCAGCGCUGGCAGCCGUGCAAAAGCAGGCAAGCAAGCAGGCGGGCAAUGGGAAGGUAGGGAGGUACUGAGGCAAGGCAGGCUGGCAACCUAGCAGACCGACUGGACCAUCGUUAGCCAUCCAUCCAUCUUCCCGAUCAAUCUCCUUCAUUCAGCUCUCGUCCCGUCCCGCCUCGCCUUGCCUCACCUUGCCUCGUCUCAUCAUGCAGGUCCGCGAUCGGGUCGCCGCAUCUGAUCUUAUCUGGCCUUCACCCCGGGCGACCGCCGCCGCCGCCUCUCCUCGCAUAACAAGGCCCCGUGGCCCGGCCUGAGUUUGCCUGUCCGUCGCCGCCGCCGCCGCCGCCGCCGCCGCCAGCUCCGCGUGCGUCCCACCCUCGUCGCCCGUCGCCGUCACCGUCGCCGUCGCCGUCGCCCGCCGCCCGCCGGCGCUGCGCUGUGUCCUGCCGUGGCUCGUCCGGGUCCGCGUCGCCCCUCUCGUCCGUCCAUUGACGCCUCCCAUCACACAUCCCGUCCUCCGGCCAAAGACCCAGGCCCGUCCUGCGCCAGCACGUCCUUGCCCCAAGUCACAUGGGUGGCGGCAAUGUCUCUGGACAGGGUCCCGGACGAGAUCAUCCAGCACCUUCUCUACUACGUCUCCCCCGUCGACAACCUCCGGAGCGUCCAGCUCCUCGACCGCCGCCUCCACAGCCUCGCCAACGAGCCACUUCUCUGGAGAAGUCACUGCGCCGGCUCCUUUAGGUACUGGCACCCCCGCCAUGCCCUGGCCCGCAAGCUGCGACUGAGGGUGGCCGAGGUGGACUGGAAGCGUCUCUUCCUUCUGCGAGCACGCCAGGAAUGCGUCGUCGCGAGGCUGCUCGGGGAGAUCAUCGCCGCAAAAUCCGGCCGCUUAAAGCGCUUCGAAGCCGUGGCACGUCUCGGCUACGACGCCAAGGACUACCUCCUGAGGCAAUGCCGCAUCGACGACUCAACCGACGACUACCUGGCUAGGAGGUAUUACAGCAAUGCUCUCCUUGACAGCAUUCACAGGGGCAUAGCCAUUGAGGAGUGGCACAGACUUCGGCUCGAUCGUGAUUCGCUCGACGCCCACAUUGCCGGCGUGCGGCUCGAGCGAGCCCUCGGCGCAUUCGACAUGUUCGUGUUACACGAUCAGUUCGGUGACCUUGAUGACAUCUCUCAGAUGCUCGACAGUAGGGCUGCUCAGUUCCGCGCCAGCCAGCCAGACCUCGAUCAGCUCACCACCCGCCAAAAGGCACUUGCGCUGAACCGAUGGUUGCGCGCCAACGGCCUCACAGGAUUGCACGACCCUGAGCGAAACUACCGGAACCUGCGCAACCUCUUGAUCGGCCAGGCCCUCCGUCACGAAGACCAUGAUUCCAUUCCCAUCAUCUCAAGCGCCAUAUUCUGCUGUCUUGCCGCUCGUCUUGGGUUAACUGCCCAAUGUUGUGCCUUUCCCAGCCACGCCCAUGCCAUCGUAUCCGCCCCACCGGGACAGACACUGGAUGGCGCGCAACAGGAGGGAGAGGACACCCCCCGCGAACGCAUGUUUCUCGACCCAUACGGGUUCGACGAGGAGGUACCAGCCGCAGCUCUGCAGGCUUUGUUGGCGCAUGUUGGCUGGCAAACGAGCGCCGACGCUCUCUUAGCCCCUGUCUCGACAAUAGCCGUGGUCCAAAGGACGUCUCAAAACGUCAAUGCCACGUUUGCCAGGAUGCUUGAGCUGCAGGACGAUGUGCCACCCCAGCUGAUCCAGUUGCUCAGGGGAAACAGCUCGAUGAACAUGGAGGCGGCACUCUACGCGUCCAUGUGGGCUCAGCUGCUGCUCUCCACACCCAACACAUUUGAAUGGGAUGAUCGCCUCGCAAACUUUCUGCGCAGAUUUGCCGGCUCCUGGCCAGAGGACGCAUGGCUGGUGGAAGAGUAUUUAUUGCCAAUGUACAACGGUGUAGCACAGCGACGCGGCGGCUUUGCGCGCCCUGCUAACCGCGGCAUGAGCGAUCCGUGGAUGGAGCUGCAGCGCGUGCGCGACCAGGACGACCUUAAGCCUCACGCCGUGAGAGGGACCCUUUCUGCCAACCAGUCGAUCCCGUUCAAGAUUGGCCAGGUCUUUCGACACCGAAGAUAUGGCUGGGUUGGCGUCAUCACCGAAUGGGCUGAUCAAGGCACUCGACACUUGUCGGUAGCGCAUUCCAGGGCCGUGGCCGAGCCCGACGACGAGCACGGCAAUGAGCCGUCGGCGAUCCCCGUGCGGCCACCCAAUCAGUUUUAUUUCAUGUGCUUUCCAAGCACUGGGUCGGAGCCCCACGUGGUUGCCGCCCAUAAUAUUGAACUCAUACACGACGCAAGUCAGAUUGACGACGACAUGUUCCCCCUUGCGGGAAAGUUCUUCAAGAGAUUCGACCGAGCGACGUGUACUUUUGUGUCGAACAUCAAGGAGUAGUAUCACCACGACUAAUGACCGUGAACGACAGGGGGGGCUGGCAAUGAUACAUACCCGCACGCCCUCUCGAUAUAGGUGGGAACAUACAGCAAGAAGCAUGGUUGGCGUUGGACUCAACAAGAGGGAGGAACUGGUAGGCAACCAGACAUAUGCGACUCGCUUUCCCUUUAAGGGGCGUGGCAAGUGGGAGGGCCGGCAAGGCAACGCGGGACUUGGCAUGUGUGUAGAUUCGAGCGGCUGUCUGUUCGGCAUUGAAAAACAAGGCGUGGAUCCCGCCCUCGGGGAGUUGCAUCUCUAUUCAUCAGCGUCGUGGGAGCGUAUCUGGCAAUGUAGC